AUGGAUUACUUAUUAAUAAUAAACAUUAUUCUUACAAAUUCUGGUGUUUUCAAGUUACAAAAUUACAAAUAACGUCAGUUGUGUGAACUGUGAAGACGUUCCACCAUGACGCGUCAUCAGUUUACGUUGGACGAAAAAAUCGGAAUAAUCGGGCGUUUAGAAAAUGGUGAGAAAAACAGCGUAAUCUCAAAAGAAUUUGGUACCUCUUCGUCGACAAUUUCAACCAUAUGGAAGAAUCGGGAUACGUUGAAAACUAUGUUUCAAACCACGUCACUUAAAGCAAAACGACUGCGCACUGCACAGCAUAAGAACCUCGAAGAAGCUGUACUAGUAUGGUUCAAACAACAACGGUUAUUGAAUGUGCCUCUAAGUGAUCCUAUUUUGCAAGCAAAAACUGACCAACUGGCUGAAAAAAUGAAAAUAGAUAAUUUCAAAUGCUCUACAUCUUGGAUUCAGCGUUUCCGACAGCGGCACAACAAAAUUGGUUUAGGAAAGAUCUCAGGUGAGUCAUCUGCAGUUAAUACUGAUAUCUGUUCUAAUUGGCUGGCUAACGUUUGGUCAUCCCUUCGAGCCGGUUACUGUGAUGAUGACAUUUAUAAUGCCGAUGAAGCAGGCCUUUUUUUUCAAAUUAACUCCUGAUAAAACUCUUCGCUUCAAGGGGGAAAAAUGCUCGAGUGGAAAAUUAUCCAAAGAUAGAAUAACAGUUUUAGUGGCAGCCAACAUGACCGGAACUGAUAAAAGAAAACUCUUUGUUAUUGGAAAGUCGAAAAGCCCUCGGUGUUUUAAAGGAGUUUCAUCACUUCCAGUAUUUUAUGAAAAUAACACCAAAGCUUGGAUGACCUCGGCAAUUUUUGAAAAAACUCUUAAUUAUUGGGAUGAUGAGUUACGCCGUAAGAAAAAAAAAAUUCUACUGUUAGUGGACAACUGUCCAGCACACCCAUCAUUGCAUUUGGAAUUUAUUAAACUCGUAUUUAUGCCCGCCAACACUACUGCUGUACCUACUUCAACCGAUGGUCCAGGGCGUUAUAAGGAACAUUAAAGCUCAUUACUGGCAUCAGUUGGUACUGAAAAUGAUUGAGGAUAUUGAGAAUCAAAUAGAAUCAAAAACAAUUGUUUUGGAUGCCAUAAUAAUGCUGGAUAAAGCUUGGCGUAAUGUAACAUCGACGGAGAUUGCUAAUUGCUUUCGGCAUGCAGGUUUUUGUGACGUUUCGACCGAUACUGCACAGCAACAAGCAGACAGUGGAUCGAUUAAUGACAUCGAUGAGGACUACGUACGGAUUGAUGACGACCUCAUAACGUCAGAAGUUCAAACGGAUGAAGAUAUAGUCAACAACGUCAUAGCCAGCCAACAAGUUGAGCCAGAUAAUGAUACUGAUAUCGAUGAGCUUGCUGAUGAGCUUGAAACUGUGCCGUCAAUAUCCGAAGCUCGUGCUGCAUUGAGGACACUAGAAAGAUUUUAUUACACAAAAUAUGAAGGUACAGAUGCUGAAAGAAAAGCGUUGUCUUUAUUAGAAACAUCGAUCAACACUAAAUACACGAAGCAAAGUUCG